AUGGCUCCUCACAGUGAUGCACCCUCACCCACCGGCAGCUUCACUGCUGGCUUCAACAGGAUCCCUCCCUUCCAGGACGUCGCCACACCUGCCCUGCACAUCAGCACCCUGGAGCCUCACUCGCCGCUGAGCAGCUCUUACAGCAGUAGCACCUCCGAGCCUUCUGGCUUCCAUAUUACCCGGCCGCUGGUGCCGGGCGUGUAUGUGCCCACUCUGUGCUUCUUUGAGGAGGGGACCGAGGAUCUCGAUCUCGAUACCAUCGCCCGGCACGCCGUGCGGCUGGCCCGCGCUGGUGUCACUGGCCUGUGCACCCAGGGCUCCAACGGUGAAGCCGUGCAUCUCACGCACGCCGAGCGCCGCCUGGUUACGGCAACCACCCGCAAGGCGCUCAAUGACGCCGGCUUCGCUCACAUGCCACUGAUUGUCGGCUGCGGCGCCCAGAGCACCCGCGAGACCAUCCAGCACUGCCGCGAGGCCUGGGAGGCCGGCGGUGACUAUGCGCUUGUUCUUCCUCCUUCCUACUACGCUUCUCUCUUCGCCCCUGCCUCUGGCACUGUUUUCGACUUCUUCACCGCGGUCGCUGACGCCUCUCCGAUCCCCAUCAUCAUCUACAACUACCCCGGCGGUGCCGGUGGCCUCGAUCUGUCCUCGGACGUCAUCAUCAAGCUUUCUGAGCAUCCCAACAUUGUCGGCGUUAAGCUGACCUGCGGCAACACCGGCAAACUCAACCGCGUGGCUGCCGCUACCCGAGCCGCUGCUGGCAAGUCUUACAACCCAGAAAAGCCCGACUUCCUCGUGCUCGCCGGCUCUGCCGACUUCACUAUGCAAGCUCUCAUCGCGGGUGGCCACGGCAUCCUGGCCGGUCUGGCCAACAUUGCCCCGCGUGCCUGCGUACGGAUCAUCGAACUCUAUCACCAGGGCCGCAUUGCCGAGGCCCAGGCGCUCCAGGAAGUCGUGGCGCGUGGCGACUGGACCGCCAUACAGGGCGGCGUCGUCGGCUGCAAGAGUGGCAUGCAAGGAUGGAUGGGCUAUGGCGGCUAUGCACGCAGCCCGCUGCCUAAGCCCACCCCUGAGCAGGCGCGGGCAUGGAAGGAGGGCUUCAGGGAGCUGGUUCUGCUCGAGAAGAGCCUCUGA